CUUCCUUUAAGUAAAGCCAAUCUCACACCACACCAUCCGUUUCCAACGACCUCCUCUUGCAGCUAUAGCUCCCCGUUUUGAAAUUUGUAUUAAGAGGACCUUCACUCAGUAACUCCAACAUUAGCAUCUCUCCUUAAUUAGUUUGCCAACCAUGAACGCCGACGAGAGUAAAUUGGUUGUCAUGGGCCGGGCAGAGAUCGACACCCGAGCGCCUUUCAAGUCCGUCAAAGAAGCGGUCAUGUUGUUCGGGGAAAGAGUUUUGGUCGGAGAAAUAUAUGCCAAGCAGCUCAAAGAGAUUGGAGCUGCAGUGUCCAAUGAUACUACUAAUGGAGAUGCUGCUCAGUCAAGAAUCGAGGUCUUAACAUCGGAGCUCGAAGAAACAAAGAAAAGUCUUCAGAAAGUUAGAGAAGAAAACAAGUCAAUGGCAUAUUGCAUCAAGUCACUCAGAGAAGAUCUUGACCGUUCAAAACAAGAGCUCCACAAGUACUUGAAGGCAAGAGAGUUUGAUGAUCAGAAGCACCGAGUAGAUCCUGAGAUUGAAGAAGAUUUUAAGUUCAUUGCGGACAGAGACACGAAGUUCGAAAACAAGAAAAUGUUGAGCCAAGAGGCUGAGGAGUUUGUGCAGAAGAAAAGAUAUGUGAAGUUUGCAAGUCCUGCUUCGUUGGCUCAGGUUAUUGUUAACAAAGAAGGGUCGCUUGAGGGAUAUGGAAACCCUAGUUCGGUCAGGAAAACAAAUAAGAAGAAGCCUUUGAUGCCUAUGAUUGGGUGGCUUUUUUCAAAAAAUAAGGCAAUUCAAGAAGGUGAGUCUUCAAGAGCCUAAGGCUCUCAUGAGCGAGAAAGUCUUGUGUGCAACUAUCGCAUGAUAUCUCUCUUUUAAGCGGAUAAGAUUACAGGCGGAGAUGGAAGAAACAAAAAUAUAAGGGCUUUGUUUGUGUGAUUGUGGUUGGAACAGGUGGCUUGUGUGGCUUACCGACGCUAGAAUUCCCCCUAGUUACUAGAUUAUGCAAGAUAUUAAGUAGAUAUUUUGCCUUAAUAAUUUUUUUCUUCUCAUUAUCUAGAAAAUAAAGGAAUAUUGCUUCAA